ACCCGUCGCGGGGUAUACGUUUCGCGUAUUUUUUUUUUCAUAUUCUUUUCGGUAUUGUUUUAGUUUUUUGAUUUUUCUUUUUUCUUUUGUUUCAGUUUUUACAUUCAUUCUGCUUGUGUUUGUUUUGUUUUUAGUUGAUUUUGUUUUUAAUUCAUGGUUUUUUUUAUUUUUCAGAUGCAGGCCAUCCGGAGGAAGCGGACCUACCUGAGGGAGGCCAAUGCGUGGCUGCGCUGGGAGGACGCAGAGGGUGAAACCCUGGAAGGCGAAAAUAUUUUCGCCAUCCAGGAUUUGCACGCCAGGGCCGCCAAAUGGUUGGCGGAUUCCGAGGACGAGGCCUACAUGCGCGGAGCUCGCUGGGAGGGAGGUGUCGGCCCAGACACCCCGAGAGCGCGGUGGAUCCGCGCUCUGAGGCGCGAGUCGCGCCAGUUCGAGGCCGAGGGUGAGCAGGUGCUCGCCCUAUACGACGUCGAGGAUGCCUGGGCCCUCAGGAUCCUCUUCGGGGAGGAGCCCACCCAGCCCGACCUGACGGAGGAGGACUGGUCCCUGGAGCAGUGGGACUGA